UAUGAUUGAGUAGUGGACGAGGAGAAAACAGUAGCGUAAAAUAAGCAAGAGAAGCAUUUAGAGUCCCAAUUAUGCGCACAGUUUAUGAUGACAUCAAGUCAGUAGGUAGGAGAGGUGUGUGUGCGUGUGCGCAUGUUGGAGAGCCGCUGUGCGUCUAGAAGGCGUUUAACAAGGUGGUCCCCCGUUAAGCACCAAUUAAUUUAUCGCAGAAUAAAACAGUUAAAGGGGGAGAAGACGGAGAGGAAUCAGUAGGGACUGUGGCGGCUCUGGAGAGCUGUCACUUUCUCUGUGCAUGUGUGUGAAGGGAGAGGGAUUAUCAUUACGCACGUUAUGCGGAGCGCAGUUUUGGUGAUACAUUCAGUCGGAGAAUGUGCAGCGGGGAGCAGUGAGAGUCAGCUCGGACAUUCAACGGCAUAAUUAGUGCAGCAAGAGAAGGGGAUCCGGGUGGUUUGGGGGGGUGGGGGGUUCUGCACAACACACAGUUUCGAAACAUUGAGAAUUUUAUUUAUUUGAAUGAAUGCUCCCUCACUGGUGCAGAGUCAAAGUCAACGAUGCGCACCGCUGAACAAAGGAUUUAGGGCAAAAUGAUCAAGAAUCUUUUCCACAUUUAAAUCGUGACACCCCGGUAUAUAUCACCUUUCCCGUUGACAAGACACGGCAUUCAUGCCCAUUCUACCUCUGAGGACAACGGACACGGGCUGAAUAACCGGGAUCCUCUGGUUUGAAACCUGGAGCAGGAGGAAUCAUCUGGUCUGAUCGAGUACAAGUCCAUGUGGAUGGAGCGAGGAUACGCAAACACAGCGAGCGGAGCUGGUUCCGAAAUGUGACAUUUUUAAUUCUGCUUCCCAUCAUACCUGACAACUGUGAAUCUGUCUUCGUUUUCAAUCGGACUUUACAUUACGAUUAAGAGAUGGCGUUCCUCCCAGUCUUCCUCCUGCUGUUGCUGAUUGUCACUCAUCGUGCCAGCAGUCAAGACCCUGAGGAUUCUGAGGCUCUCCCAAGAGGCUGUGGCUGGGGCCUUGUGCGUCCCUACACCCUGCUCUGUGACCUGGACUCUAUAUGGGGUGUGGCUGUUGAAUCAGUGGCUGCUGGUGGGGUGCUGGCCGCCAUCUUUCUAGCCCUGGUCCUGCUGUGCCGUUUACGCCACAUCAGUGAGGCUGAGAAGCGCAGUGGUGUGGGACCCAUCCUCUUGCUGCUCCUUGGCAUCCUUGGCUUGUUUGGCCUGAGCUUUGCUUACCUGAUCGAGCAGGAUGAGUCGUUAUGUCUGCUUCGCAGGGCCCUCUGGGGUCUUCUGUUUGCCAUCUGCUUCUCCUGCUUGCUGGUGCAGGGUGUCCGUCUACGCAGGCUGGGCAGGGAGCGUCGGAGUCUUGGUGGCUGCGCUUUGACAGGCCUGGCCCUGGGUUUGAGUGCUGUGCAGGGUAUCAUUGCUGCAGAGUGGCUACUUCUGACCGUGCUGAGAGAGGGAAGAGCUGCCUGUCAGUAUCUGCCUCUGGACUUCUCACUGGCUUGCAGCUAUGUGCUAGCCCUCCUACUAGCUGCGCUGACAGCUGCCUCUCUGGCCCUGUGUGGGAAGACAUGUCAGUGGCGCUGCAAUGCCAUCUGGCUGCUGGUGACCUGCCUGCUGUCACUGCUGCUGUGGGUGGCCUGGGUGGGCUUCUAUCUGUAUGGCAACGCCUGGCUGGGGAAGUCUCCGGACUGGAAUGACCCGGCACUGGCCAUUGCUUUAGUGGCUCAGGGCUGGCUGCUGCUAAUCUUCCAUGCCAUUCCCGAAUCCCACAUCUGCCUGAGACCCCCGCCACAGCCCACUGCCCCGGAUUACUUUGACACCUCCCAGAACUCAACACGAAUGAGGGAGACCAGCUUUGAUGAAGACAUCCCUCUCUCUCACAGGCAGUUUGUGGAGAACCAGGGCUACGGAUACAAUGAUGAAAACACUGCAGGCUUGAGGAGCGGUGGUGGUGCUGGGCAACAUAACAGUAACACCGGCACCAGGCCCAGUGCUCCUUUCCGCAGCAACGUUUACCAGCCCACUGAGAUGACCAUGAUCCUGAACGGGGGAGCGGUGAGUACAUCCUCCCAGGCACAGGUGCCCUCUGCCCCUCCGACCUACACGGGGAGGCAGCUGUGGUGAGUGAGAGGAUGUGAGGUUCAAAAUGAAGAGAAGAGGAUAGAGAGGGCGAGGAGGGAGGGGUCCAGCUGGUUGGACUGAACCUAAAAGAUGCCAAGGGCCCUUUUGCUCUGUGUAGAGACUUUACUGGCUGUGUGAAAAUCAACUGUUGUAUGAGUGUGUGUGAGACUGAGAGAGGUUUGGUUUGGAGGACAGAGCUCAAGCUCUUCUAGCACACAAAUCUCUGUAGAAGUGUUUAAAAGUGUGACCAACAAGUAGUGAAACAAAACACACUGACUCCGAGCUAAAAAUAUCAACAUGCAGUAUUCUUUUCCCUUUCGUUUGAUUUACUCCCCCUGUGAGACUACAGCACUGUAAGCAUCCUUGAAAACUGUGAUAUCUAUUGCUUUUUCCUGCUCUAUCUCACUUCCUGACAGUCGAGAUGUCUUUUCUGCUCCUCUUCACAAUGCUGGCGCUCAAGUGGAAACAUUUGGCCCUGUCCUCCAUCCAUCCACAGCACAGGUGGAGAGAGAGCACACGGGCUACUGUACAGCUUGAGCACUGCCCGCUUAAAAAGAAUCCAGCCUCUGUGGAUGCAUAUAUACAGUAUAUGAGAAGAAGUAGUGUGUGAGUAUUCCCCACAUCGCAACUCUACCACUGCUAACUUCUCUCUACAGACUGUUCACCCCAGCCAUUCUCCUCUCACUCUAUCUCUAGUAAAAGAUCCACAUUUCUCUGUGAAUAUGACACAUGACUCUUCUCACUUGGCCUCAUCCUUCCACCUGCAUGGACACUUUGAAAAACAAAAUGUGAACUGUGGUCGGAAAAGAAGUCCCACCCGUGACCGCAAACACAGCAAAAACACAACACAAGCAGCCUAGAGCACCUGAAGAGGAAUGCACGCUGCUAAUGAACUGCUGUUAAAUAAACGACGGCACUGAGCGGAUUGUGAUUGGACGAUGAGGCCGUCGGUCAUCAGUAGGGAGGCGCUGCUUCAUGAAUCUAGGUCAGACUGUUGUGCUGCUCUCCCACAUCUCCGUUGGCCACUGGCGGUUUGAACCAGCCAGGAGAAACUGCCACUUUAUAUCUGCAGGAAACAGAGCAAGGAAAUGGCUUGAGAAUGAAACAGUGUCCUGUUCUUAGUUCCUCUAAAUGUGUUUUUGUGGGCAUUUGUGAGUGUCGUGAUUUUAUGCAUGUCAGGAGUUGACGGGGAAAAUUCAGAGUCAAGGUUGCUUUUUGGUGCUAACUAUUCCCCCACACAACUUCCCAAUGAGGCGCAGAACUACAGGGACAACACUGAUGCUGAUGCAGUAGACAAAACGUGAGCAACAGACUAUUUAUAGAGAGCUGUGGCUGGCGUGUGGAGAUAUCCUAGAGCCUUAGAAUGAUCAGAUUUACAGUGCAAGGUAGAAAGAGGGAGAUCAAAUGUAAGAGGUGCAGAAGGGAGGCUGGGAGGGGGAAGAGUGAGAGGAAGAGGAUAACAAGAGAGACAGGGUCCAAGGGGAGUCCAUGCGACAGACUUCCUUCAGUGAGCCUCCAAUCUGUGUGAGAAAAUGGCUCCCUGUUCGGUCUGUGUGUGUUUGUGUGAUGUGGGGGUGGCCGUGCUGCUCUGCUCUGUGUGGUUGUCGUUAUCUUGCAAAGUGUAUCUCCUUCCUCCUCCAGCACCUCAUCCUCCUCCUGUCUCCCUGUGGUCAGCUGUAGCUCAAGUCCCCGUGCCAAGAAGGAUUCUUGUUUCACUGGAGUCUUC